AUGUCGUCCAUACAGCAGCGCAAAAAUGAGAUCUUGGCCAAGCGGGCUAAGCUUGCGGAGCUGAAAAAGCAGCGUGAACUACGCCAGAAGGAGUUCUCCAACAACAGGAAUAGCAUCGGGGAUGCUUCAGAGGUUGUUUCGCCGGUACCUAGUCGCGCUGACAGUAGAGCCGAACUCGAUGACCUGAUCUCCCGUUUGGUGGACCGUCCUGGAUCCGCUUCCAUCAGCCAUGGCGCGGAAGGCCCGUCGCGCAAAGGAAGUCGCCCGAAUUCAGUAUUGAGCGCCAGUCAACUGAGUGGAGAGAACCCCGAGACCUUGUCCCCUACAUCCCGACCACAAUUACAGUCCAUUGCCGUACAGACAGUCGGAGAAGAACAACCCUAUACGUACUCCGCACCGGAAGUUCAAGCCCCGCCUCCCCCUGAACCCAAACCCGAGCUCGUCACCUACAGCAAGGCUGUGCAAACAGACGGUCUCGCAUCACCACCACAGUCUGACGAUGGAUCAGUUGCUUCAGAUAGCGAGGAACAAGCUGGUACUACGCGGUCAAGCAAGCGUCUUAGUCGACGAGACCGGGAGCGCGAUGAGGAAAUCCGGCAGAAGAUCCGCAAAGAGAUCGAAGAGGAAUUGCAAGCUACGAAUGAAGAUGGAACUGCUGCGGUGUCUACGCAAUCCACACAACUGCGAUACCCUCUACGCACGCUCGAUGACGACGAGCUGAAGGCGGUUACAUCUUCUGAUGACUUCUUGGACUUUGUGGAGCGGUCCUCAAAGGUGAUUGAGCGGGCGUUGGACGAAGAAUACGACGUCCUUGCGGACUAUGAGCUUGGUGUAAAUGGGGACGUGGAAGAGGAUGAAGAGACUGGCAAGAAGAGGAGGGGCAUUCGAGAGGUCUGCCAAUUCUACGACGAGCGAUGGAGCAAGAAGCGCAUGAUAACCGACCUGAGCUUCUCGCCCAAGUUCCCGGAGCUUGUCCUAGCUUCAUACACAAAAAAUCCUUCUGCGCCUCAUGAACCGGAUGGGCUUGUCCAAGUCUGGAAUCAACAUCUCCACUCUCGACCAGAAUACGUGUUUCACUCUACGUCCGACAUCCUCGCCGCCAAAUUUUCACCCUUCCAUCCUAACCUAAUUGUGGGAGGCUCAUACUCAGGUCAGGUUCUUCUAUGGGACACUCGUUCCUCCCGCGCAGGCGGUGGGGCCCCCGUGCAGAAGACGCCUCUCACCGGGUCUGGACAUACUCAUCCCGUUUACAGCAUCUCAAUUAUCGGUACACAAAAUGCGCACAACAUCCUGACCGUGUCCACCGAUGGAGUCGUCUGUGGCUGGACCGUAGACAUGCUUUCGCAGCCGCAGGAGUACCUGGAGUUAACCACGCCCCCUCCGUCCAAGACAGAAGAUCUUGCACCAACUACCAUGUCAUUCCCCCAGUCUGACCCAACCUUCUUUAUUGUCGGCACGGAGGAGGGAGGCAUCUACCCCUGCCACCGCUACGACCGAGCCGGAGCAAAGGCAGGCACCGACCAUCGCCUCGCAUACCGCGGACACGCCGCACCGAUCAUGUCCACAGCAUUCCAUCCUGCACGUGGUCCCGUCGAUCUGGGAGAUCUGAUGCUUAGCUCCAGUCUGGACUGGAGCGUGAAGCUCUGGCGCGUACGGCCGCCAGCGACGACUGCCGCUCUCACAUCUGGCACGUCCUCGGCCCAGGUUGUUUCGCCUAUUCUGGACAUCGUCCGUGACGAUGUCGUGUAUGAUGCCCGCUGGUCCCCGCACAGGCCGGGCGUUUUCUCUCUCGUCGACGGUGCUGGCAACGUCGAGGUAUGGGAUCUCUACACAGACACCGAAGUUCCUGUUGUACGGACGACACCUUCUCGUGGCCCUGGCGCCAUGCCGUCCCGUAGUCUGAAUAAGGUUGCUUGGGAGGAGCGCGAAGGUCGGCGUCUGGCAACUGGUGGUCUCAAUGGUGUCGUUACGGUCUUCGAGGUCGGCAAAGGCCUUGGUGGGCCAUCAGAAGAGGUGCCGGCGGAGGAAUGGGCAGGUAUGAAGCGUUUAGUUGGGAAAUUGGAGCAGAAGGAUCGGGUGGUUUGA